AUGGUAUGUAUUUUUCCGGACUACAUAUUAAGCGACACUGACGAAUCAACUUCCGAGGAUGAUGAUGAUUUGGAUUGCAAUGUGGCUUUUCGGAAGACUCAUGAUGCUAUCGCGGACACUGUGAAGUUGAAGUUGAGCACAGGAAAAAUAGUGGAGGACGUUCUUUUUAAAUUUUGCAAAAACAAGGACUAUGAACAUCAUACCCAUUCAUAUAUUGUUGACUUUGAUGAUGAGGAUGUCAAAGCGUUGUUUACUGAUGAAGAGUGGAAUGAACUAACCAAAGAUCGAAUUGAGGUUCCAUCUUUUCCACGCGAUAUCGCAGAAGAAUUAGCAAAAUAUGGAAGCAAAACGUUAAAAGAGCUACGUACAAAAGUGAUGAAAUCAUAUCUCAAGGAAGAAGAAGAAUAUGAUGUCCACAAGCACUAUAAUCGAGAACGGAUCCAAAUGACCAUGCGAACACUUUGUAAUCUGUAUGAGAAUGUAGAUACCCCUUUAUAUUUAGUAAGGACCCAAUACGAAGAUUGGUUCACGGUUGCACUUUUUGGAACAUGUAUCGAUUUCUGCAUUAGGGAUGCACAACUGGGCACUGAUGUUAAGAGAACUGACGCACCGUCAUUGAGUAGUGCAAACAGAAAGAAUCGGCAUCGGAAAGCAAAUGCAAGAAAGCUCAUUGGUCGCAAAAUUAAUGGGAUAAUAUGCGUAACUAAUAGACUUCUCAAAAUGGGGGCCAUCGAAGGUGCAAGGGCUUUUGCAGGAGUUUCAGAUAACAAAUACCUUCUUGAGUCAUUCAAGAUGCCCAAAACACUUCGAGAUAUUUAUACUGAUUUAAUCAAGGCUGUGAAUUUUGACGAGCAAAAAGCAGAUAAACUUCAAGUAUUUGGAAUCUUACACUUUGGGUUGUAUAUUCAAUUCGCAAGAUUAUAG